CAAUUAAUUCACCUUUAACAAAGAUAAUUAAAAAAGAAUUAAUAAAUUGAAAGUAAUUAAUCAACAGGUUUCAACCACUUAUUGGAAUCAAUUGUUGAUCAAAAUUAAAGAAAAAAAUUUCAAUACUAUCAAUCGAAUUCGAUACUAUCGAACUUUGAAUUAUCGAUAUUUGAUAUCGGAUAUUAUUCGAUAUUUUUGUGUGAAUAGGAAAACAUUUUGAGAGACAAAAAAUGUUGUGACAAUUUGAUUGUUUUUAAUUGUUAAUUAAUUCUGUAAAUUAUCUUGUCAAUUUACCUUAAACUCUGUGUCGAAAUUUAAACUAUCAACUAAAUUCCAUUUCUUCGGUUUGGUGGGUCUCUACUAGUUGAUUGUUUGUAUUCUUUUUCUUUUGGUUCUUUUUUUGGUUUUCUCUUUUUUCCCCUUUCUUUUCUUUCUUUCUUUCUUGUUAUCCCAAACUAUGGACUCCACUUGUGGUAGAUUGGACAUUAAUUCAUUACAGUUGAAAUUAUAUGCUGAAUUUGACCAGUGGCAGGAUUUUGUUGCUGCUGUUGAUGAAUUUCAAAGGAAAACUUCAAUUAAAUUAACGAUAACAACAAGCAGAAAGUUAAAAAGUCGAAUAAGAUCAAGUAAAAAGAGGAAAACAUUCAGAGGAAUUAAGACAAAUACUGGUCAAGAUGAGGAUGAUCAUGAAGAAUCCAUAGAUUCAAGUGGUGAUGGUGUUAACGAUGAUGAUUCAAGAUCACAAGAGAGUACAAAUAUAUCAAUUAAAGGCUUCGAAUAUCAAUACCUUAAACUUACCUGUAAACAUUAUGGUGGUUACAGAUCAACAUCUAAAGGAGUAAGACCCAAUCAACGAACUGCUAAAUUAAACUGCCCGACUUAUAUUUACGCUUGUUUUGAUCAUUACAAGCAAAAAUUUAUCAUCAAACAAAUGGUUGUUGAUUGUAACCAUGAGUUAAAAGAUGAACAUGUUUUAAUAUCUAAACUGUUCAAAGAAAGAGAACCUGAUCAUAUAUCUGACACCAAUGAAGCUACUCCAAAGAAAAAGUACAUCAAAGUGCGAAAUAGGAAUGUACUGAAAAUCCCUCUUGAAUCACCCGCUGUAUCCAACUAUGUGCCCACUCCAACUGUUAGAAUCCGAUGUAACCAUGAAUUAUCUGAAUCAUGUGAAGCUGCAAGUCUAACAACGGAAGAUUUACAUUCUAUUCAUGAACUUUUCGUAUCAAAAUCUAAGAAGGAGCAAAAUGAUCUGAUACUUGAAUGGAUUCAAGUUCUUCCCUAUGAUAAUGCUGCCAAUACAGUUCAAGUUUUAUUUAGAUUACCUGCUUUCGACGGUUCGCUGGUUCGAGUUUGUUAUAAAGCUUUUUCACAGGUAUUAAAAGUAGCAAUUAACCGUAUCAAUGACCUAAUCAUUGGUAAUUAUGAUGAGAUGGGCAAUUUUCUGGACAAGAAUAAGCAAACAGGUGACUCGCGAGAGAUUGAAAAUUGUAUCGCCAAUAUAUUGACAUCAUUUUCCAAGGAAGGAGAUACAGAGGAAACUCAUCAAGUCAUUUAUUGUGAUACAGUUGAUGUUCCUUAUGCUGAAGAUACUAUUGAAGAAAGUUUCGUAGAGGAAAAUAUCACCAACAUGAUUGAAUCAUCAACCUCAUCGUCUUCCCUGAAAAACGAAACUCGUGAUACUGUUCAACUUUUAAAUCCAUUAAAACCACCAGUGAUCAAAGUUAGUCCCGCUGGGGAUAAAUUUUCCCUUGAAAUAAACUGCGAGUACAGUGUAACCCUUCAAAAUGUUAGCAUUGAAAAUAAUGGCAAGACAAUUAAAGUCAGUUUCAGUGCUAAAUAAAGAGUCACAACAACAACGAAAUGCAGCAAAACCAACACCAUCAUCACCACCAAACACUUUGAAAAACAACAACAAAAUCAAUAGAUCUCAUCAAUGUUUGCUCAUCACAACAAUUUAAAUUUGCCAUUACAUUUUAUGCGUGUCUAAAUUAUGCAUGAAUCAAAUGCUCCUGCAUUGGCACAUAAAAGUAAACAAUCAAAACAAAUGCAUGUUUAAAUAAUCAUUUUCACUGUGUCACCUUAAUCACCAUCAUCAUCAUCAUCAUCAUCCACAAUUAGCUAAUUGUUAAACUCUCUCUUUUUUUUGUAUCAACUUGGAAACCAAUCGAUUGUUUCACCUCAUAAAAAGAAGAAACUAUUAACUUGA